AUGGCAUCGCUGAAGCUUCCGCGAAUUGAGAACCUACCGGCUCUGCCUACCGAAGAUCGGGCAAAGAUUUUGGAUCUGCUCUUCGAGCCCAGCACGCAACUUCACACCCUCUCGGUGCCUCUGUUGCAUGAGAAGACAUUUGACUCUUAUCCGGAUCUGAUAGCAGCAGUCGGGGUGCAGCUCACACAGCUCGCAGAGUCGCCGUCGUCAUCAGACACAAAAUGGCUGGAAGAAAUUCUGGGAUCGCACCCGAGACUCGGAGCCAAAAAGGUUGAGAGCGCCCAGUCUCAGGCCGAGCAAGCCCAGCUGCAAGGUAGCGCAGAGGAGGCGACUCAGUUGCGCGAGUUGAACGAAGAGUAUGAGCAGAAGUACCCUGGUUUACGGUAUGUUGUGUUUGUGAAUGGGCGCAGUCGGCCGGUCAUUAUGGAGGAUAUUAGGAAGCGGAUUGCCAGCAGCGAUCUCGAGGCCGAGCGGGCUGCUGCGAUAAGGGCAAUGUGUGAGAUUGCGGUGGACCGAGCUUCCAAGUUGACCUGA